UGCGUCGCUUGGAAUGAUCCGAGCGUGUGUGUGACAAGCUUCAUGUAAACAACUUUAAUUGUGACUUGAAUCUGGGUAUUGUUUAGUAAAAGAAAUCAGUUAUCCCACCCCUUUUGGGAAGGAGUAUAAAUAGGGCUUGAAUUUCUGCAGUACACCACAAAGAUCAUUCAGAUCACUACCUCAAGAGUAAGACAACUGCAACAAGUAUUAAGAUGAAAACCAAAUCCAUGAAGCGAUCUUCAGAAUCCGAUAAUGAAAGUCCGCUGCCUCAAAACCGAAGUCGUCAAAGACGCAAGCGAACUUUUUUCACGAACGAACAGCUCGAUCGCCUGGAAGAAGUUUUCCAGAAGGAAAGAUUUCCUGGAAUUACGACAAGAGAGGAACUGACUGAUGAACUUGGCAUCAAAGAAGACAGAAUUCAGGUUUGGUUCCAGAAUCGUCGUGCUCGUUGGCGUAAGCGAGAGAUCAAGAACAAGCCUGCUCCUUCAACAGCUGACAAACACCAGUCCGACACAGCGUGGCCAGAAAGCAGUUUUCCACCACAUCCACAAACGAUAACUGGCCUCACCUCACUCCUGCCGUUGGCUAACUGGACUUAUGAUGACGAAACUUCCUCGCCAGUGGCUCCAGCCUUUCUGUUUACGAACCCUUUGACCUACAACGCCCUACAGUUUCCAUUACCUUCAGUUUUGACAUCAGCCAACAGUGAAACAAGCUCACCUAGCUCUUCGCCCAACCAUCGCUCACCAAGUGAAAGUAAUAAAACUUGUGAUAUAGUAUCUCUCUCGUAUUUGCGUCGCAGGACUCAUAGUUCAGAUGAAUAUAAUGCAGCAAUUGGAUUAUUAAGUGUGUUUGAACGACAGGACUAA